GGAAAACUCUUCAGCAGUGAAAGCAGUUUAUAAGAAGUCCUGCAGCCAUGAAAAACAAGUUAAAUUGUGGGGAACCAUAACUGUUAUAAAAGAUGAGCAGGAAUGUAAUGCAUUUGCAAUGUGUUCUACAGUUUUGGCACUUGGAAGGUGGUCACAUUUCACAACGAGACAAAGUUCUUCGAAGGGCGUUACUUAAAGCAAAUGAUAUAUUCACUGUAGGAAGAAGACUAUUCAAAUCGAAAUACCCACUUGUACAUGUUCCUGUAGAUAGCGGAAUUGCAGCUGCAGCAUCCAGGGAAGUGCCUAAGCAUGGGGAAGAUCCUUCUCAAGAGUCAAGCCAUAGUAGCACUGAAGAGUCCCACAAAGGCAAGCCUUCUAGACAACACCAAGGUACCAUUGGGCCUUAUAGGCAAUGAGGAUCCUUCUGGUCAUGAAGGUGUUACGAUGCAAGAGUAGCAGAGAUCCCUGAUUUCAACAGUGAUGAGCAGCCCUCAAGCUAUCAAAGUGACAAAGAAUACUCUCUUAGUGAAAGCGAGAAGGAGGCCUCUGACCAUAAAAGUAAUCUGGAGCCUCUUGACUUAGAAAGUAUUGAUGCCAGUGUAAACGAUCCUGAUGUAUAUAUACUGUAAUCUGUAUAUGUGGAAAUCUUGUGAAUUUGCUAUUCGGGCUAUUACAUUACAUUUAGCCAUAGUUUGACUGAUAUAUUGUUGUGCUUACAAACUGUAACAGCCAAGAUUCUUACUUGCCAAAUUUUACAAUUAUACACUUUUUAGAAUAAAAGUUAUCGAUACAAGAAAAUUACUUAGUUUCCUUGGGGUUUUAUUUUUUUCUAUGUAGAGGAUUAAAGAUCUUUAUGUGAGAAUGAAUGUGGAUAUACCAGCCAUUUUUUCCAAGGGCUGUACAGUUAAAAGUGUGUUUAUUCUGAUGAAAUUGUAUUCUCAAAUUAAGUGUCUUGAUGUCAUGUUUUUAAACUACAUGUAUUCAUUAAAUGCAUACUUACAAUACUAUAUUGUUUUGUAGCUUGACUUACGAAGACAAAGUAGAGCUAUUACACUUGCCUUGGGGUCUGCGUCACUGUUGGUUAAGUUUUUUGUUAAAGUCUAAAAUCUCUGUUAAUAUUAACUCAUUAAUACCUGGAGCCAUAUCUCCACUUAAUUACUGUUACCAAUUUUCCAGUACAUUCCUAAGCCACUAAUUCAUUUAUCUGCUCUGUAUGCCUGUGGAUUUUCACCAAUAAUCGAUAAGGUCUCUGGAUUCUUUGGUCAAUAUUACGGACAUACAUCUGUUUACCGUAACUUAUUGACACAUUCUAAUGAUCAAGAAGACUGAAACUUUCAAAACUGAUAGGGAAAUUUAUGAUCUAUUCAAUGAUGUAAAAUUUUCUAAUACUUUAAUAUACAAAAGCAUUUUACAGGUCAAAUGAAUCCACAUAAAUAUGGAAAACUGCAGUAUUCAAGAAGAAUUGGACUUAGAAAAACAGCCAUUAUUUGAUAGUUUUAUAUUUAUUCUUCUAUUGCUAAAAUUUAAAACCAAUGGCAUUAUGCAAGAAAAGAAUUAUAUUUUAUGUAAUAGAAUUAAAACUACUGAAAUGGAAAAACACUGUAGUAUAUUAUAGAAAGUGAAGAUAAACAUGCAAUAUCUAGAAGCAACUUUCUAAUUCAGAUAUUUAGUGAUGAAUAGAUUGAAAAUACAUGUUCAAAUAAUAAAUAUUUUGAUUGUUUCCGGGUAAUAUUAGUCUUUUCUGUGAAAUAUUUUCAUUGGUAGAAAUUGCUAGAAAGAACUAAAAACGUUUAACAGCAGUCCAACCGUUAAUAUUGUUACAAACGUAAAAUCACGUCACGCGGCAUACAGUACUAUCAUUCAGAGAGCGCAUUUCUACAAUCCUCAGCAUACACGUCUAUCAUCUUUCGACGGAUAAAUACGACAUGCGGUACUCGAUAAGAGUUGAAACGAACGCAAAAGUGCGAUUUGCGUCCUUAAUUAGUUAAAGCUAUCAGAGUCUGCACAACAAUCUCAAUAACUCUGACUUGAAUUUUAACAGAGUUGUGCCCCUUUUAGCCCUUAAAAUGUGAUGGAAGUGGGUGCAUUGUUUUCAGGUUCAUAUUUACUAUCAAAGUCUUUGCCAGGUUAAGGAAUCCUCAUAACUCUAUUUUGAUUUUUUGACAGAUUUAUGCCUCUUCUAAAUUACAGAUUUUUGGUAAAGUUUUUUGUUAGUCUAUUAUCUUGAAUACUUUCAAAGGCAUUAAGUCGCAACUUGAAAUGAUUCUUUACUAUCAACAUCACCAUGGAAAGCAAUUUCCUUAGGUCAGUUUUGAUUUUUAGAGUGAUGCCAUUUUUAUAACUUUUAUUAGAAAUUUCCAUUAAAGAAUUUUUACAAUGUUCAAUAAUUUAAUAGUACACUACCAAAGAUAUUCAACUGUACCAUGGCAUACAUAUUUAAUAGAUCCUUUGUUAGUUAGUCCCUCUGUUUCAAAACUUGUUUGCUCAAAAUCUUUUGAAUGGAUUAAUAGAUUGAAUUAUUUUGGUACACAGGUAUAUAUCCGCAAUGCGCAGGUAAAGUUAAAUUUUUUGCCAAUAACUUUUGACAGAGGUGUAGCUUCUUUAUGAAUGAACAUUUAGUUAGUCUGUCUGUGUCAAAACUUGUCCGCUCAAUAAUUUUUAAAAGGAUAAUGGAUUUGUUACAAAGUAACCAUAAAAUGCAGUCAAAGUUCAAUUUUGGCUCUGGUGCAAUAAUUUUGACAGAGUUAUGGCCCCUUUUCAAUUGUUCUGAUAAGUAAAUGUGCUGAAUAACACUUGAAAAUUUUUAUUCAAAUUUUAUGUGCUAAGCAAUUUUAUGGGAGAUAGAUUUAAAUUUUGAAAAUACUUUGUAGUAAUUUAAAGCUAGAUUUUAAUGGAGUUCAGUUAUCAUUUCAUGACUGUAAUUUUCAUUGUUUUCUUAAAAGCUUUUCUAUGACUAAAACUGAACUAAAUACUUAUUUAACUUCUGUGCAACAUGUGCAAAAAUCAAAGGUGAGGAUGCCUGUUUAGUCGUAGGAUGUAUGUCUAACAUAAAGUUUCAUAAAAUUACAUAUCAGGCAAUAACAGGUAAAGCCAAUAUAUUCAUUACUUAGUGUAUAAAUUUUAGUUUGUGACAGAGAUAAUGUUGUGAUUUUACAUAUAGCUUUGGUGUUGGUUUAGCUUUUGGAGACUGAUUUAAUGGAUUCAAACCUUACAAAUGAAGCAAAACAUGUGCAGUAGUAGAUGAAGAGAAACACCUUUCACGUGAAUGAAUUCGAAUAUUUUAUAAUUCAUUACUGUCUCCAUAAUAUAAUGUAGAAGUUAUUAUUUGCAUUUGUUACAACAUUAUUUAGUGACAGAUUUGUUAGGAUGUUUUGUAAUGUUUCCACUUGGUUUCAUGUUGUUCACGUUACUAAAUGCAAUUGAAAAUUUUAAGAAUCA